AUGGGUGAUGUGGCGCUCACCCGCCUCAACUCAAGCAUGAACACAAAUCGACCAAAUCGCGACCAGUUACCGCUGGAGAGGCUGUGUCCAAAACCGUUAAUAUGGAGCACGAGCGUGGACUCUGCUCACGUACUCGUUUGUAUCGAUCCUACUGUUCGCUUCAUUAGGCGCAUGCGGCGUCGCAGUGAGCGCAUAGAUACAUGCCAGUUGGUGAAGCCAGAUGUCCUUAAUGCGUAUCAAAGUACGCCGACCUUCAAGCUGAGGAAGCGCUCAGUGAACAGUAGUGGGCCACUGGUCGCAUAUCAACCAGUCGUUAUUAACAGCAGACCUCUUCAUUUGGCGAAUCAGGUUGUCAAGCUGAACAUUGGGUCUCUACGCAGUCUCUGGAACUCAUGCAUGUCACUGACAUAUU